AAGGCCCCCGGUGGCCCAGCGCCUCCCCGGCUCUUUCUGGAUGGAGGCGCCUCAGGAGGGAGCUGGCUGACGCUCCGGCCCGCGCUCUCCAGCCGCUGCUGACCACACCUCCCCUGGAGAGGAGGCCGCUGCGAGGAGCCGGAGAUGCUGCCCCAGCACAGCUGGCUCCCCGGGAUCUUGGUCUGAACGCUAGGAUGGAGCUGGGGGCCGCCACUGAGACCUUUGUGCUGGAGCUUCGGUGUCUUGAAGAUGGGGGCCCGGGGCCUGGCACCCUCUCAGGUGGCAGCGGUGGGGUUGAGAGUCAAGAGGAGGAAGAGGCUCGGGAGAAGAACGGCAGCCCUCCACGGCCAACAGGCUCAGCCCGGAUGGGGGCCAGGGGACUCGCCGAUGAAGCACAGCCCGGACAGCAGGACCCGCAGCGACAACAGCCAGAGCGGCUGCAAGAGCAGCUACCGCAAAGCCCGUCGUCAGGACUGCAGCUGGAAUUGCAACAGCAGCAGCAGCAGCAGCAGCACCUGCGGCAGGAACAGUUACAGCAGCAGCAGCAGCAGCAGCACUGGCGGCAGGAAGAGUUACAGCAGCAGCAACCCCAGCACCUGCAGCAGGAACAGUUACAGCAGCAGCAGCAGCACCUGCAACAGGAACAGUUACAGCAGCAGCAACCCCAGCACCUGCAGCAGGAACAGUUACAGCAGCAGCAACCCCAGCACCUGCGGCAGGAACAGUUACAGCAGCAGCAGCACCACCUGCAGCAGGAACAAUUACAGCAGCAGCAGCAGCAGCACCUGCAGCAGGAACAAUUACAGCAGCAGCAGCACCUGCAGCAGGAACAGUUACAGCAGCAGCAGCAAUACCAGUUGCAGCAGCUGCAGCAACAGCAGGAACAGCAGAAGCAGGAGGAACAGUUACAGCAGCAGCAGGAGCAGUUACAGAUGCAGCACCUGCAGCAACAGCAACAGUUACAGCAGCAGCACUUCCAGCAGCAACAGUUACAGCACCUGCAGCAGCAGCCGCAGCAGGAACUAUUAAAGCGACAGCAGCAGGAGCAGUUACAGAUGCAGCACCUGCAGCAGCAGCAACAGUUAGAGCAGCAGCAGCUGCUGCAACAGCAAGAACAGUUGCAAGAGCAGCCGCCGCCCCGUCCCCUGGAGCCAGAGGAGGAGGAAGAGGUGGAGCUGGAGCUCAUGCCGGUGGACCUGGGGACAGAGCAGGAACUGGAGCGGCAGCGGCAGGAGCUAGAGCGGCAGCAGGAGCUGGAGAGACAACAGGAACAGCGGCAGCUGCAGCUCAAACUGCAGGAGCAGCUGCAGCAGCUGGAGCAGCAGCUGGAGCAGCAGCAGCAGCAGCUGGAGCAGCAGCAGCUGGAGGGGCAGCAGGAGGUGCAGCUGGAGCUGACCCCGGUGGAGCUGGGAGCCCCGCCGCAGGAGGUGCAGCUGGAGCUGACCCCCGUGCAGCCAGAGCUGCAGCUGGAGCUGGUGCCCGCCGCAGGGGGAGGCGGGCCCGCGGCCCCGGGGGCUCCAGCCGCCGUGGUGGUGGCCCCGCCGGGCUACGUGGUGCUGCAGGAGCUCAUGGUGCUGCCGGCCGUGGCGGCGCCCGCCGUGGUGGCCAUCCCGGGCCCCGCGGGCAGCGCGGCGCUGACUCCCGCCCGGCAGCGGCGGCGGCGGCGCGCGCGGGACCGGCCGACCAUCUGCGGGGAGUGCGGCAAGGGCUUCAGCCGCAGCACGGACCUGGUGCGCCACCAGGCCACACACACGGGCGAGCGGCCGCACCGCUGCAGCGAGUGCGGCAAGGGCUUCUCGCAGCACUCCAACCUGGUGACGCACCAGCGCAUCCACACGGGCGAGAAGCCCUACGCGUGCUCCUACUGCGCCAAGCGCUUCAGCGAGAGCUCGGCGCUCGUGCAGCACCAGCGCACGCACACCGGCGAGCGGCCCUACGCCUGCGGCGACUGCGGCAAGCGCUUCAGCGUCUCGUCCAACCUCCUGCGCCAUCGGCGCACACACUCGGGCGAGCGGCCCUACGUGUGCGAGGACUGCGGCGAGCGCUUCCGCCACAAAGUGCAGAUCCGGCGCCACGAGCGCCAGCUGCACGGCGCCGGCCGCUCGAGAGGCCUGGGUCUGCUCCGCAGCACGCGAGCCUCCACGGGCGGACCCCCGCGCUCCGAGCAGGCGGCGGGGGCCGCUGACAAGGCGCCAUGACCGUGACCGGUGGAGACGGGCGGCAGGGGGCGCGGGCUUGGGCCUGAAAGGGCGUUGGCUCCUCCCGCCUGCCCUGAUGGGUGGCCAUGGCUGGGCUCCCGGCUCUCUCCCUGCUCAGCAGAGGGGAGGCCACGUGCACACACACACACACACACACACACACACACACACACACACACGGCCCCUCGGAAACGCUCCAGGCGGGGGAGAGCUGCUGGGGCCGAGUGGCACAGGUGUCACACAUCGGGAUGAACGGCACGCUGCACAAAUCUGUGACUGGGUACCGAUCCUCAAUCCUCAAAGAGUCGGCCGGAUCCCUUCCCCCAGAAAACCGGACUUCGUGGAGGGGAGAGCCACGGGAGAAAACUGCCAGUGACACGUGUGACCGCUGGCGACCUUAGACAUGCCUCGGACACUAACCAGGGAAUCAAAUGUAUGUGGUAAAACGCACACGGAUAGGAUUUGAUCCUGGUGAAAAUUUCUUCAAGGAAAAAAAAAAUGGGGAGAAAAGGAAAUUUAUCUGCACUUUGUAGAAAACCGAUCAAGGCAUUAAAUUGUCCUCAAAGGCAUUUGCCUUGAAAGUACUUUCUAGAAUGAGAAUGCAUCAGGGUGGAUAUCAUCCUGAUUGAAAUGUUGGUGUUCAUAAGCACAGGGUCAGUGCCCACUGGGUCAAUGCCAGGAAGCCCUUCCUCGGUGGAAGCUAACCCUUCCCUCCUGGGAAACCCAGGGUUUUAGCAAGUGUGGGAGGCAGGCUCUUGCCCUCUUUGCUGCCAAGGUCCCACGCCCACGGUGGCGUGUCCAGUGUCUUCUUGAGCAGGAGCCUGUGGUUGAAACAGAGGGCAUUUGGAGAAUGCUCUCUAAGGUCCAGCUUGGAGAAAGAGCUCUAAGAUCCCUCCCCACCACCACCACCUCCCUGCAACCCUCCAGCUCUCGGCUUCUCUGUUGCUUAUCCGGGGACUAAGCCCAUGGGGUUGGGGCCUUGAGACCCAGGAGUGGGGUUCUCCUGGGCUAGGCUAUGCAGGGCGCUGGCCUGAGCAGAUCCUGCCUGGUCACUGGUGGGGUCAGAGGGGAAAAUUGGGGGGACAAAGGUUGGAGGCAACAUAAAUGCUCUUUACAACGUUUACAAAAUUGUCCGGGGGUCUUUAUGAGCAUAGGCAAGGUUAAUGCCUGUGGGAAGGCAGGACGGUGGAGGAGGCUGCCUGCCCCUUCUGCCCCCAAGUGCUUCCUGCUCUUGACUUCCCAUGUGUGGCUGCUUCCAUCCUGCCCCUCUCUUUGCUCCCUGCUUCUCCUUUACUAACACAGCCUGCUACAUUUUACAAAUGUGUUGGUUAAGUGAGAAACAAAAAUUGAAAAAUAAAUUUAAAUGAGGAAA